AUGGCUGCGUCUAGUACCAUUGCUGCAGUGGUGGCAGCUGCUGCUACUGCUGCUGCUGCUGCUGUGGCUACUACCCAGACGUUGACUGCUGCGCACGUCCCGACUCGGAGGCCUGGCACGUCCGAGUCUGGCGACUCAUGGGACAUUUUCAUCUGCCACGGCUCAUGUGACAAGCGCAUGGCGCGGAGUUUGUAUCAUCGACUGACGGCGAUGGGCCUUCGGGUGUUUUUAGAUGUGUACUCGCUUGACGGACGAUACUGCGGGAAUGAGGAGGCUCUGGCACGGAUGGCGCGGUGCUCGACGGUGGUCAUCGUUCUCGUCUCCAAGUAUAUGCUGGUGACGACCUGGGCUGUGGCCGAGGCUGAAGCUGCUCUUGAUCCUGCCUCACAGUGUGUGGUCCUGCCGGUGCUAGCCGAUGCAGAGAUGAGCCAUAUUGCGCUGCGAAGAUGGAUGGGGACUCCGGCUCCGGCAGGCGAACCACACUUUCUCAUUCAGUACAUGGAUUCUGCGUUCUCAGCCCUCACCGAGAACGGCUCCGAGAACAUGGACAAGUGGGCAAAGGCCGACAAGGAUGCACGGGUGGAUCUAGUGCGACGGCUGCGGCAAAUAGGUCUCGCUGCGUACAACACCCAAGACUACGUGCUCGACGAUAUACUCGACGAUAUUGCCGAGCGAGCGCGCACGCUGCACGCCGACGAGAUGGCUGUGCGCGCGCGCCGGCUUGCACUGCAAUCGCGCGAUUGUGCGCCAGAGGACGUUGCUAUGCGGCGGGCCGAGCUGGAACUCCGCGGCGUUGACCGCUAUGUUGAGCCGCCAGACCUUGCCAUCGCACUGGACAGGCUUGCGCCGGGAGGGCGGACCUUGGUCGUGUGCGGGCUUCCUGGCUCGGGUAAGUCUGAGCUGGCGCGAGCCAUUGGACGUGCAUCGCAUAGUAACGUAGCAUGGAUCCCGCCAUACCCCGGCCAGUGCAACCUUGCGCUUUGCGAUGCACUUGUCAACUACUUUGGCGUGGCGAGGAACAUUUUCGACGACAACCUCUCGCUGGAGGCGCUUGGUGGCCGGCUGGCAGACAAGCUGGGCCGGACGACGGUUGCUAUGUUGCUUAUUUUUGAUGGCGUUGACGAUCCGACGCUGAUCAACUGCCUGGCAGGUGUGGUGAGCGAUACCUCGCACUCGGUGGUGGUCACGACAACGAGCGACUCGAUGCCGGGCUCUGGUACGAUCAUGCUCCCGCUCGACGUGCUGCCGCAUGUUACGGCAAGUGCGGUCUUCCGUGCGUACCUGCCGGAGCAUCUGCAGAACUCUCCGUGCGUUGCUGCCGCGGCGGCGGUUGUCGUUGCAGACACUCAUGGACACGUGAUGACGGUCCGGAUGCAGGCGCAGACGAUCCGCUCAGAGAGCGAUCUGAAGGUGCUGGCGGCCGAGGCAACGCAGUCGGUGACUAUCCUGUCGCCUAGCCGGCGGCGAGAGCUUGUUUGCAGCAAGCUUUUUGCGCACAUCAACAUUAUUUUUGGCCGACCGAUCUUGUUUGCGCACCUGAAGAUCCUGCACUCGAUUGUUGAUACGCAGCUUGCGCUGGUUGAAAAGCUCAGAGCACUGGCGCAGCUGGGUCUAGUUGCUCUCGAUGACAUCGAGGUACCGGCGAUAGUCACGCUACACUCGCUGCAGAGCGCAUGGCUCGCGGAGCGGCUGACGAUGCAUCCAAGGUGGUCGAGAUACAUGCGGGUUCUCGUGUUUUGCCUUGCCGCUCCGCGAUUCCUCACCUCUGUGGACCUGAUCGAUGGAGCGGUGGUGGCGCUGAACCAUGACUGCAGCGCCUUGGCUGAUCUAGAGGUUGAGCCCUCAGCUGCAGCCAGUGUGGUCCGGUUUGCGCACGCUAUGCUUGCCGACGUCGCGGCACCGCACAUGGUAGAUGACGCACUGCUGAGCGCGCUCACUGAGCUAGCGGCGGAGGCAGCGUGUGGUGGAGCUGACAUUGGCGCGAUUGCAGGCGAACUUGUCCUCCCACACGCCAGCGCAGUGACAGAUGCCGGUCUCAAGUGCGACGCGCUGCGAGAGCCUGCGUUUUCCAACCUCGUCUCGGUUUGCCUCGCCGGAUGCGUUCAGAUCACCAACGAGGGCGUCCGAGUGUUGAUCCAGCGAGCUGCAAAGCAGCUGAACUCGCUUGACCUGGCUGGCUGUGUCGAGAUUUCAGACGAUCUUGCCUUAGUGCUGGCGGGUGUGUUCAAGCAGCUGGAGACGUUGUCGGUGGCGCGUUGCCCGCGAAUCACAGACAAGCUCUUCAACACUCUGUCCCAUGUCCAGAUCUGGGUUUCGCUGACAUCGCUAGAUGUCUCUGGCUGUGGCGUCGGCGUCGGUGCGCUGGAGUUUGUGCUCAGGGACCAACAUGCGCCGCUUGUUGAGCUGUACGUCAGCGAGUGCCCAGGCAUUGAUACGCAAGCGGUCGAUGUGGUAGCGCGGUACGGGCAUUUGCUCUCACGUCUCGACGUCUCGUACUGCGGCGGAAUUACGCUUGCCGAUCUUCUCCCUGUCCUUGCCAACUUCUCUGCUGCCAGCGAGAGUGGCGAUGAGCACGGAAAACCAUGUCGAGUGUGGGUCCUGGGUCUGGCCGAGGGCAUGGAUGGUAGCGAAGCCGAGGCGGUAUAUCGGAAGUAUGGCGCCAUCCUCGAGUUUACCAGCCGCUGCAAGUACCACCACAGGUAA